UGCCACCACCUUCAGGUUAUUUUCCAUUUUCACAAGUGAUUUAUUCAUCAAAUUAAGUUCAUUUAUGUUGAAUCUUUUUAACCAUUAAUGAAUUCUGAGGUUAAAAAGAAUCUCCUUUCUCUUAUGCUUCAUUAAUGAAGGUAAAAGAUAAUAGUAAUGUUCUAGGUACCACUUUAAUGAUCAAUGAUUUGAUAAUAUUCUAUUUGAAAGAUGAAUAAUAGAAUACAAAGCAAGGUGUUUGUGGAAUCUCAAUGAAACUAAAGCUUUAUUCCCUUAUUAUUUCUAUAACUGAUUUCACAAAGCAGAAUCUAUAUUAGAUUUUAGAAAAUUGACAUGUGUGAGUCCCAAUAGAACAGAAAUAACCAUUUGUCUAAUCAAUCUGUACAUGAUUGACAGUCCCUCAAAUUGUCAUAAUGGUUCUGAAAUGUUUAUGCUUUGGUGAUUGGAAGAAGGGGAAUGCAAGUUGUUCAUCUAAGAAACAAUAUCCAACAGUAAUAGAAGAGCUAUGCCAUCCCUUUUCCUUUCAUGAUCUUAGAAAGUCAACCAACAACUUUGACCAGAAACUAAUAAUUGGAGAAACAGCCCUUAGGAAGGUUUAUAAAGGUUGUCUCAACCAUAAUAAUAAUAAUAAUGGUGCUGCUGCAACUGAUUAUACGGUGGCAUUGAAGGUGAUGACUGUUCCCCUUGAAUUCAAGAAGGAAGUCGAGAUGCUAUGUCAGCUUCAUCACCCAAAUAUAAUAUCUCUUAUAGGCUUCUGCCACCAUGGAAAGGAAAAGAUUGCUGUGUACGAGUAUACAGACAAUGGAUCACUCCAUGAUUACUUGAGUAACAAGGACAAAGAACCACUGUCGUGGAAGAAAAGACUAGACAUCUGCAUCGGAGUAGCACGUGCUCUACACUACCUUCACUCUGGAGUCAAGCGUGCUAUCUUUCAUCGUGACAUAAAUCCAGUUAAUAUUCUUUUGGAUAGGAAUAUGAUGCCCAAACUUGCCAAUUUUGUGAUAUCAUUGCAGGGAGGGCCCUCUACAUCGAAGCCAAAGCAAAUUAAAGUAGAUAAGAUUGAAGUUACAUCUGCAUUGAUGGCUCCGGAGAAUGCUAUACACGGUAUUGUUACUAAUAAAUGUGAUGUUUACUAAUAGUGAAGUUCUACUAUACAAGGUAGGCCAUAAUGUAUUGAACUACAUAAUUCAAUACAAAGAGCACACUCUUGAGAAGACAAUGGAUCCAAUUCUGAAAGGGAACAUUGCGCCAGAAUGUUGGCAAGUAUUCACUAUUCACUAGUGUCAUACAAAGUUGCUUGGAGUACGAAGCAGAUGAGCGACCAACAAUGGGGGAAGUAGAGGUAUUGCUUCAGCAUGCUCUCUCAUUGCAGCAACAAGCUGAUAUUAUCACGAAUGCUGCUCGCUAUACCUUAUCAUCCACUACCCCUUGUUAUUGUCAACAGCGAUAUAAUGAUCAUGUAUCACUACCCAGAUAGUGCUGGAUGUUUUUCUACUCCAAUCAUUAGUCUUCAACUGCUAUACUCGGCUAAUCAAUAGGUUUUAUGGCUACUCUGUUUUCUUUUCUUUCUUCUGGUUCUAAAAACACAAUUCUUAUAGAUCUAACAUAGGGUUGCACAAAAUGUGAUCUUAUCGAUCAAUAUGUAACAUAUCAAAUAGAUUAAGCAAAGAAAGAAUACGAAGAACUUAUUGCUAGUACAGGUUAUUAACUUUUGCUUUGCAACGUUAACCUGCAUUUUGUUUCAACGAUCAAUGUCCCAGAAAUCAAA